GUAUGUAACGUUUGUGAUCUUUCCUUUUCCAGUAAAGGAACUUUGGAUAAACAUUCCCGAAUCCACAAUAAAAAUAACUUUCCGUGUAGAUUUUGCCCCAGUUCAUUUUACAGCUCACCCGGUUUAACCCGCCACAUUAAUAAAUGUCAUCCCUCCGAGAACAGACAAGUGAUAUUGUUACAAAUACCUGUGUCCAGACCAUGU